CUUCCUCAUAUUUUGCAGCUUUGACAGAAUUCAACGGACACUCGCCUCUUUCAGGGAGACAGACGGGCAAUAACACCAAUAAAAACGCGAAUUUCUGGAAGCAGGCCCCGCCUUUACGUGACGGACUUGUCCGGAACUUCGUCAACUUUUAGCCAAGUGUCGUGAAUGUCUAAGAUGGGAUGUUUUGUUGAAUGAGGGAUAGCCGCUAGAUGCCGACAGGAGGAUGAACUCCAUCACCGGUCGGGUGCUUGCUAUCCCCGCCGCCUCUGUCACCAACUCUGGAGCUUCAGCCUCUCGAGCCUUACAUGUGGAGCUCACGUCCCAGCAGAGACGAUUGCGUCAUCUUCGGAGCAUUGCGGCCAGAAACAUUGUCAACAAGAAUGGUUCUCCACUGCUGGACACGUACUUCACCCUCCACCUUUGUAUAGGAGAUCGCAUUUCUAGAGAUUUUUACAAGAGUGAAGUCAUACGAGACUCACUGAACCCAACGUGGCGUAGCCUGGACUUUGGCAUGCUCCCAGACCUUCUGGACACCUCAGUGUCUUGUUUUGUGGUGAGAAUCUGGGGAGGACAGAAGGAACAGUACCAGCUCCUCAUUGAAUGGAAGGUUAAUUUGGAUGGCCUCAGAUACACGGGGCAGCAGAUUCGAUCCAGAAAUCCAAAUGAGAUCAUAUUUGGGUUGAAUGAUGGCUACUAUGCAGCUGACUUUGAUCAGAAGGAUCAGUCGGAGCAUAAGAAGAACAGCUUGCUGCAGGUCGACCAGAGUUCAGUCAGGAACUCCUACAGCGUUUUCUCUUUGCUCAGGCUCCACACAGCCCAGAGAGCCAUCAAACAGACCCAAGUCACAGUGCAGAAGAUCGGGAAGGAGAUUGAGGAGAAACUAAGAACGACGGCGACCUGCACAGAGCGGAAGAAGGAGCGGGAGUGCAUGCAGCUGCGUAUAGCUGUCCUUCACAGUGAGCUGGAGCGGCAGAGGAAGGCACUUGGGAGGGAGAGAGAUCUGCGACAGAAGGAGAGGGCGCAGCUGCAGAAGAAAGAGGAAGCAUUUUCUGCUCAGCACGAGCGUCUGAAGGAGGAGAAAGAGUCCUUAUCCAAGCUGCAGAAGGAAUGCACAGCCAAGAGAGAGCAGUUCCUCAAGUCCAACGCUCAGCUCACCUUCCGUUGUCGUCAGCUCCUCUCUGAGCUUUCCUACAUCUACCCCAUUGAUGUGACCAAUCAGUCUGAUUAUGUCAUCUGUGGAGUGAAGCUGCCAAACUCAGAAGACUUUCAAGCAAAGGAUGAUGGGAGCAUAGCAGUUGCCUUGGGUUACACGGCACACCUGGUCCUCAUGAUCUCAUGCUUCCUGCAGAUCCCUCUUAGGUAUCCGGUGAUCCACAAGGGCUCACGUUCUUCCAUCAAGGACACCAUCACUGACAGACUUACUGAGAAAGAGAGAGAAUUCCCUUUGUACCCCAGAGGAGAGCGGUUUCAUUUUGAAUAUGGUGUCUACUUACUCAACAAGAACAUUGCCCAGCUGAGAUAUCAACAUGGACUGACCACCCCAGACCUGCAGCAGACUCUUCCCAACCUGAAGAACUUCCUGGAACAUGGCUUGAUGGUGCGAUGUGACAGACAUCAUGUCUCCAGCUCUAUCCCCGUACCCACCAAGUCCCAGCUCGGUGUGUCUGCUGCUUCAGAGAUGGCCUAUCCCUGCCAUACCAGCUCCCCAGACCGAGGCCUGAGGAAAAGGGCAAGUUCGGAAGCUGAAGCAGAGCUUAAAUGCAAGCCAACCCCUCCACCCAGCUAUAACACAGCCAUUAGUGAGGGGAAGCCCCAGGAUGGCCUGGCACCACCUUCCCCUUCCCCUUCCCCUUCACCAUCACCCUCACCCACACACCUGUCAUCCUCCCUUGAUGCCAGCAAGGCCUCACUUAACCUCUCCAUGAAUACAGAAGCCAAUGUGGAGGAAGACCAGAAGGAAGAGAAGGAGGAGGGUGGAGACACAGCGGUGGAGGCAGAAAGACCGACUGAACUACAUAAAGAGAACAAGAAAGAUGAGAUGGAAGAGAAGCCGUCCAGCAGCACAGUGGCACCAAACUCUUCUGCAGUGCAGGACACUGAUGAAGAACCUGUGUCUGCUUCCCAGCACGCAGGUGCCAUGAAUGGCUCUUUGGUAUUAGGACAGGCGGCCAUCAGCCUGGUCCCAGAGCUGCGCUGCUCAGUGGAACAAGCUGAGGAGAUCAUGGGCACAGAGGCCACUGGUUUAGGUCUGGGGAUGGGGCUGGGAUUGACAGAUGAAGCCCGGCUGGACGACUACCGCUGCAUCCCUGUAGACCACGCAGUAGCUGUGGAGUGUGACGAACAAGUGCUGGGCGAGCUGGACAUGGCUGGCUUCGAGGAGUUCUCCAGGCGAAUCUGUGCACUGAAUGAGAACAUGUCCAGUUUCCGUCGGCCACGCAAGAACUCUGAGAAGUGAGACAGAUGACCUAAGCAGAGACAAAAGCAGGAAGAAGGUUGCACAGAUGGUUUUGGACAAAAUGCAAGGCAGGGAUGCGAACUGAGAGGACAAGUGUGGCACUCGCUCCUUAACCAUAGCAUAAAAAAAAUCAUAGGAGCUGUUCUGGAAAAACAACCAAUUUGCACUUAUUGUAAACAUUUCCAUAGUGAACUUUUAAAUAAGAAUCAGUUAAAAGUGCAAGUACUGGGACAAUAAGUGAUACUUUAACAAUAUUCAGGCUUUUUUUUUUUUUUAAUUCUUAUUCACAGAAGGGUUUAGCCUCAGUUUAAAUAAUCGCCCUCUCUUUUGUUCCAUUACAGGGGACCAUUGAUGUAAAAUAACGCUGAUAGUUUUCAUCACUUAUUUUUGGUGCUGCAAUGAAAGUCCUUGACCUUUCCUCAGCCUAAUUUUCAGUCCACGUCCAGAGUGCAGCCUCAGAGCAUAAUAUUCCACUGCAGCAUCUCUGCAGCUCUCUCCUCAUCACUCUGCUCAUCGUUUGAACUAGUGAGGUUUUUCUUUUUCUUCCGGUUUUACAGCCGGAUGUCCCAGUAGUUCCACCUUUGACUGUACAAUUAAAUGUUUAAAUGCUUCCCGAGCCUUCGUUCAGGUUGCAUGGCAGUGGGCACUUGCAGGAGUACUUGAAAGAGUGUGUGUAUGCGUGCGUAAGCAUGUCACCAUAGUCACACAAUCACAGUUGGAGUAAUCCCACCAGUGACCCAGGGAGACGGCAGUAUUCUGCUAUCGGAGUGAGGUGGGAGCUGGAACCCGUAGCCCAGUCAGAGACUUCUUAACUGUGACACGCUGCAUCUCGUCUGCUUCGACAGGCUGACCCACUUGUCAUUCUCCUCACAGGCUCGAGUUUCAGGUCUUAAAUGAGAAUCUAAAGAGUGGCAGGUGGAAGCUCACAGAUCUUGGCAGGGAUACUGUGUUUUUUUUUUUGUUUUUGUUUUUUGUCCAUUUCGGUGUUGUUGUUUUGGUUUUUUUGGUUUUUUUUAGUUUGUUACCCCAUCAGCAUAAAUUUAAUGUCCACUGAUUCUUACAUUCAGUAGACCAAAAAUGUCACCGUGUGUCUGUAGUGUGUUGGAACGUCUCACUCAGGCUCUCCUCUGUUAGUAACAAGUGUCUCAAAUCCACCGUCUGUGAUUUAGUGUCUCUGCUCUGAAUGCUUUCUUGCACUGGUAUUCAAUUUUUGCAUUAUUUAUGUCUCUCAGCAACUCUGUGUGCAAAGAAAUCAAUAUUUAGUUUUAAUUCACUCCUGAAUGUUGUCAAAUGGUAGACUGAUGUCAUAUCCGGUGUCUGGGUCCUGACUUGGACAGCUGCUUUCCAUCGCUGGCCUUGAUGAAGACGUACUUUCCACUGGCAGCGCACAUUGUGUUUCAGAUGCAGUAGCGUGGUUGCUGAUUGUUGGGAUGUAUUUAAAGCUAAAAGAUGAACCAUAUUAGAUCAUUUCCAUAACCAUACAGUUCAGUAAAUGACCAUGUACAUAUACUUUUGUAUGGAGAUUUUUUUUGGGGUGAUUAAAGACUUGUGGUCCAAUGG